AUGGAUACAGUGCCAGCUAACCUUGGUGCAAGUGUGGAAGACCUUCAGAACAGCAGCACUCUGUUCCUCAAGAGUCGCCAAGUCACGGAUGCGGACUGCGCUGCCAUAGCUCCGUAUUUGAAGAAGAACACCAAUCUCAGGCAGCUCUUCAUUGGAUACAACGACUUUAGCGACGAAGGGGCUAGACAUUUAUGUGAAGCUCUUUCUGGAAUUGAAGGUGGUUCCCUGGAGCUGGUGGGCUUCCGACAUUGCAAACUUGGAAAUGGUGCUGCAGAUGCAGUGGCUGAACUCAUCAAGCGGAGCAAGACGAUUGUGGAGGUGGGAAUAGAUGAGAACGAGAUCUUUGAUGCAGGUGCUGAGAGUUUAGCAGCGGCGCUGCCAGAAGCAACGUCAUUGCGGCACUUGUAUAUUGGCGAAAAUAAGAUUACGGCACAGGGCGAAUCCAAGCUGAGUGCAGCAGCUCCAUCAUCAAUGAAGGUGUACUUCACAAGAUGA